UUACGGGAAGUUGUAGUUUAAUAGUUUACUUCUCUGGGCAUUUUUAGAUGUUGGUUUUUAGCAUAUUGGCAGAUAAAAGACAAAUAAGUGUGAAAAAUUAUUCUUUUCGGGGAAGGUUUGGGGGGUGUGUACGACUUAUUAUUGGCAGUGGGCAGAGUCUGACCCAAGCUGUGUGUGUGUGUGUGUGUGUGUGUGUGUGUGUGUGCGUUCGUUCAUUCACUCUCAGUAUACAUUUGAGCUUGUUUUCAGGAUCUUGGCCAUUGCUGAAUUUGGAUUUGUUGUACACUGACCAACUUUGUAUCGUACAUAGCUCACACACACACAUUAUUGAUCAACUAAAACAUAUUAAUCUGUCUAUACAGCUUAUGUUCAUUAAGUAAAAAUACAAUUUCUUUCUCUCGCGCACACACACACACACACACACACACACAUCCCUUCACAGUGAAUCCAAAAGAAGAUCCUAGAAGUUCUUUGGGCUUUACAUGUGUACACACCCAUAUACCUACAUACUUGCACAUAUGGAUUUACAAAGCUCUGUACGAUACAUAGAUUUUACACACGCUCACUUACAAGCUCAAACAGGGCCAGCUGUGUUCGUAUGCCACUCAUGCUUCCCGCACACAUCCUGUGGAUAAAUUGAUGUAUGUGUGUGAUAUUACCUUGAGAGGAAAACUGGCCAGAAAAGAGAGAUUCAUUGGAAUGUUUAUUUGAAUCUGACCCAAAGUCAAAGAUCCUCCCAGAACCCCAAACUAACCUGGUCCACCUUAUACACACGUACACAUUGCAUAGAUCAAGGUAUGUUUGUCUUUCCUUUCCAAACUGUAAUUUCUGUUGCAGGUAUUCCCCCCUCCUCCCCAACGAACUCUUAUAGCCACACCUUGGAUAAGAGGGGAAGUCUCUUAGACCUACCAUAAGUGCAUCUGUACUGUGUGUGCACUGAUAACCUGAGAGUCUCUCACUCGCUUUAAAUCAGUGUGCAGCUGGUUGCCGAUACUGUCAUUAGAUCUCUUGCUACAUACAGUAUGCCGUUGCUAGGGUUUGUGAUGCUACUGUGCAUCUUGGGAGCUCAAGCUACAGUGGACCAUCCAUAUGCUGCUGCCAUGGCUCCAGGAGCAUGUAAGACCAAGCCUAUUGACCUGGUGUUCAUCAUCGACAGCUCUCGGAGUGUACGGCCCGCUGAGUUCGAGCAGGUCAAGGUGUUCCUCAAUAAGAUAAUAGAGGGUCUGGAUGUGGGGCCUGAUGCCACACGCGUGAGUGUUGUGAACUAUGCCAGCAAGAUGAAGAAUGAGGUGUCAUUGAAGUCCUACAAGGCAAAGCCUGCACUUAUGAAGGCUGUAUCAAAGAUUGAGCCACUUUCCUCUGGCACCAUGACUGGCUUGGCCAUCCAGUUUGCCAUGAAUGUGGCUUUCAGCGAGGCAGAGGGUGCACGCAUCAAACCCUCUGAUAUCAGGAAGGUAGCAAUCAUUGUGACAGAUGGGCGGCCACAGGACAACGUGAGUGCCAUUGCAGCAAAGGCACGGGACGCAGGCAUUGAGAUAUAUGCCAUCGGUGUGGGCCGAGUGGACAUGAACACGCUGAAGCAGAUGGCCAGUGAGCCCCUGGAUGAGCACACUGAUUACGUGGAGAGCUAUGGCUUCAUUGAGAAGCUCACCCAGAAGUUCCAGGAAGCCUUUUGUGUGUCCGACUUGUGCGCAACAGGUGAUCAUGACUGUGAGCACAUUUGCAUCAGCGUGCCUGGAUCAUUCAAGUGUGCCUGCCGAGAGGGCUACACACUCAAGGAAGAUGGUCGUUCCUGCACUGGCUGCAAUGAUGCUGCCACAGAUUUGGUCUUCCUGAUCGACGGAUCAAAAAGUGUGAGGCCAGAGAACUUUGAGCUGGUGAAGAAGUGGAUCAUGACGAUCGUGGACAAGCUGGAUGUGUCAGACAAAAAUACCCAUGUGGGUGUAGUGCAGUACUCUAGUGCUGUCAAACAGGAGUUUCCUCUUGCACUGUACAACUCCAAGAAAGGCAUCAAAGAGGCUGUGAAGAAGAUUCACUACAUGGAGGGUGGAACCAUGACUGGACAGGCUAUCAAUUACAUGGUGGACAAAAGCUUCAGCACUGCCCAUGGUGCCAGGCCCGGGGCAGCCAAGGUGGGCAUCGUCCUCACUGAUGGCAGGUCACAAGACUACAUUGGAGAUGCUGCAAGAAAGGCCAAGGAGAGCGGAUUAAAGAUGUAUGCUAUAGGAGUCGGAAGCGCAGUUGAGGACGAGUUGAAAUUAAUCGCCUCUGAUCCUGAAAAUUAUUUCUAUACUGCUGACUUCAAAGCCAUAAAAGAGAUUGGCACAAAGCUGCAAAUCAACACUUGUAUAGUUAAGGAUCCCUGUGAAUGUCAGUCUCUUAUGAAUUUCCAGAAAAAAGUGGAAGAGGCACUCCAGGCAUUAACAAAGAAAUUGGAGGGAGUAACAAAGAGGCUCACUGCUCUGGAAAACAAAAUCGUGUGAGAUAAGCAGUCUACAUGUCAUAACCUCUCACCAUUUCCACUCACUACUGCUGAAUCGCCUCCUGUGACGUCUGACUCCUCUUCCUGUCAUUUGCUUCAGUUUUCUCAGUACAUUCAUUUUAAAUCACUAAAUUUCCCAGGGCUGAAGCACUGAUCAUCAUGGUGUUUUGAUUUAUACGUGAUUUCACUAUUAAAGAGAAGAGAUGCGUACAUGUUAAAUACAGAACAAUUAAUCCCUGAUGGAAGCAAUGUAUUAUCUUAAAAAAACAAAAAAAACCCUUAAUAUAGAGCAUGAGUGUGAUUGUACCAUCAGCUCAUCCAUAUAAUGAAAUACUUAAACUAUACAAUUUAAAGUCCUCUACCAUCUCAAAGCAAUUUCACUCUUUUACCACAAGCUCUAUUUUUGUAACUCUAUCCGUCACUCGUUCUUCUGUCUGUCAGUGAAAUUUCUUCUUUCACUUCAACUUGUGCCCAAACAAAAAGAUAUACUGGAUUUUAUAUGGGAUAUAUAAUAUUAAUUUAAUAUAAAAUGUGACUUCAAAUACA